AUUGAUACAGAAUUAGGUUAGCCAUUGUGUACUUUUAUGAACCCUCGACCUUUUCUCCUCUAUAUCUCUCUCCUUUUGCCCUAAUUCGUUUUCACAAUUCAUCCAAAUUACUGAAUUUCUCCGUUGUUCAUAAGACCUAGAAGAAUCCGCUCUGAUCUCCCGAUAAUGGCGGGCGCCGGAAUGCAUCCCUAUCACCAGCAGUGGCCUCCUGCCGCCGCCCCUCCACCACUCCCCACCGUUGCUCCUCCGCCCCCGUCUCUCCACCCGCACCACCAACCUCCAAUUCCUAUCGAUAAUCCCGCCGCCCGCAUGCUAUCCGACGAGUUGCGAACGAUAUUUAUUUCGGGUUUGCCGGAGGAUGUGAAAGAGAGGGAGCUUCAGAAUCUGCUAAGAUGGCUGCCCGGAUACGAGGCUUCACAGGUGAACUUCAAAGGGGAGCAUCCAAUGGGAUUCGCUCUUUUUGCUACCCCACAGCAUGCUCUUGCUGCCAGGGAUGCGCUUCAGGAGAUGGUGUUUGAUGCAGAUUCUAAGUCCGUGUUGCACACCGAGAUGGCAAAGAAGAAUCUUUUUGUGAAAAGAGGGAUGGUUGUUGAUUCAAAUACCUAUGACCAGAGUAAACGUAUGCGAACUGGGGGUGAUUAUACCCAUACCGCUUAUUCAACAUCGCCUUUUCAUCCUCCCCCACCACCUGUGUGGGGACCACCACAUCAUGGGUAUAUGGCCCCACCUCCUCCCUCUUAUGAUCCAUAUGGAGGUUAUGCAGUUCCUCCCGUGCCAAUGCCAAUGCCAAUGCCUGCUCCAACUCCCGUACCUGCACCAAGUAGUUAUGUACCUGUUCAGAAUACCAAAGAUAACCCUCCGUGCAAUACUCUAUUUAUUGGAAAUCUUGGUGAGAACAUUAAUGAAGAAGAGAUGCGGAGUCUCUUUGUUGCCCAACCUGGUUUUAAGCAGAUGAAAGUAAUAAGACAGGAUAGGCACACCGUUUGUUUCAUUGAAUUUGAAGAUGUGAACAGUGCGACUAACGUGCACCACAACUUGCAAGGUGCCGUCAUAGCGAGUUCUGGUUCCAUUGGCAUGCGUAUUCAGUAUUCGAAGAACCCAUUUGGGAAAAGGAAGGACUCGAUCCACCAAGGCGGCACCGCCAAUGCUAAUGGAGGAGCACCGCCAUCAAUGAGCUACCAGUAGUAGUAGCUCUGGAAGGGGAUGUAUUCUGUUUCUUCUAUGCUCUGACAAAUUACAUAUGAUAGGAUGCAUCCAUUCAUCCAUCAUCAUCAAGUCAUCAGCAUUAGCAUCUACCUUCUCAUAUAUCUGAUGCAAAUAUAAAGUUGGUCUACUCAUACAAUAUACAUUAUAUAUACUAGACAUGCAUUUAAGGCGAUGCCGUAUCUCGUGAUUCUAUUAACCUUAAUUGUGAUUUUCACAUUAUCUACGUGUGCAUUUUUUUUUUCUUCGUCCGUUACGUGCAAUCUGUGUGCCUUUUUUGACGUAAAUCUGCAUUUAUUCACAUGACCUGGUUGAUGCAUGUGAAAGCUUAUCAAUGAUCAACCAUACGAAUUCAUUACAUUUCAUUCCAUAAAAAAAACUGAAAUUGAUGUUUCAUUCACGACAUGUCAUAUUAUGGCAACACUUCGAGAUCUUUAUCAUACACGACCCUUUUGUCAUUUCAAGGAGUAGGACCAUUUAUUUCCUCAUCAGGCAUCAUAUAUAUAUAUAUAUAUAUAUAUGGUAAUUGAUGUCACCGCUAUUACUUACCCGUAGGAAGUAGUCACUUAAACAUACAGACCGAGGGUUCAGGCAUAAAUCUUUACAGAGCCUUGGAAAAUCAUUAAAUAUUAUGCAGGUUGUUCUAUUUUUUUUAUUCUUUUUUUUAUUUAAGAGGAUUUCUUGGAAAAUCGUCUAGUAUUGGCGCUAGGAUCUUGGUUAUAUGCUGAUGAUGGUUUAGGAGAUUUUUCUGCAAUGCUUUUUUAUGUAUAUACUUGGUGUUGAUUUACAAAUAGCACGAAAGAUGUAAACUGCGAUUAGCCGCUAGUCGUGUGUAAAUCUUUGUGUGGUCUACUGUUCAAUUGUAAGAGGGGUGUUUUUCAAUCAGAAUUCAUGUCACAAUAUUCAACAUUAGAUGGCUGAAAUUCUCCAUUGUAACAAUCUGAAAUUUAUUUUGAUGUCAAGUUCAUAUUAUUUGU